AUGACUCUGGCUUCUCCAUCUAAGUUACCCUUAAAACAAGCUUGCGACAAUUGCAGGCGUCGCAAGAUCAAAUGCUCGCGCGAACUACCAUGCGAUAAAUGUCAGCGCUUGUUUCUUUCAUGUUCUUAUAGCGAUGUACUUCGUCGCAAAGGUCCUAAAUUUCGAACUCUGUAUCCAUUAGCACCUGGGCAUCCACUUGCCACUGGAAAUUAUUCAGUUAUACAACCGUUCUGUGCUAUGCAAGACGGCUGUUCAGAUGCUCCGUACUUUGGGCUCAAUGUGCCCUCUUCUCCCACUCCACCGCCCUCGGAUACCAGUGCGCAAUUCCCACUGUAUUCAAUUUGUGAUGAUGUUCCUCAGUCAUCACACACGGAGUCGGUAUCGUCGCCAGACUCGAUCGAUUUUUCAGGAGCGUCAAUCUUAAGCCCAACCCUCCCUCAGGCAGGCCGUUUAUCACCUGAAAUAUUACUGGCACAUUUCAAUGCUCACCAGAGAUAUCUACUCCCCAUUAUGCCAGUCGUAUAUGGUGAGCGACUGCACAUGGACUGUCAGCAGCCAGAAUGGCUGUCUCCUCAACGAUACUCAUUUCUAGCCUCCCUCUGUGCAGCAACGCAUAUUCAACUAAAGCUAGAUGAUACUGUUCCAUCACAGGACUUGGAUGGCUUUCAGAGGUGGACUGGCUCUCACCAACGUAUUUCUGGAGAAAUGCUGCUGGAAGAGGUUUUGCGCGCUAGACGUGAAUAUGAUAUUGUGGAGGAUAGAAGCAUUGAGAACCUUCUUACCUCUUUCUUCUUAUAUGCAUCUUAUGGAAAUAUGGACAAGCAAGAUCACGCGUGGUUUUAUUUGUGCCAGGCCACAUCAAUGGCGUUUACUCUGGGCCUUCAUCGUGAGUCGACCUAUGAGGAUUUUACCGUCGAGGAAGCUGAGGAACGACGACGGGUUUUUUGGCUGCUUUUCAUCACAGAAAGGGGAUAUGCACUUCAACAAUCAAAGCCUCUUAUGCUGCCCAGAUCUAUCCAGAAACCCCAGGCGCUCUGCUCUGAGAAUCCAAUUCUAGCGUAUGGCUUCGUCAACCUAAUCAACAUAUUCGACAAACUCACGGCCAGUAUCUAUGAUGGUGUACUGGAAGCUCAAGAUUUUGAUAUUCUCAUAGUGCAGCAGUGGCUGCAAACUAUGAUGUGGAAGAUACCAGUCAGCAGCCCACAGCCAAGACUUCAAGACAACGCGCUCUUAUCUUUUCAUCUACCCGUAAUGUCGGAAAAAGCUUCCAUGCGCGUCAUAAGCAUCGUAUCCCCGGGAUCUACAGAUCCGCAUAGCAUAGAGAUGGAGCAAAGGACAUUUAAUGCGGCCGCAUCUAUCAACGUGAAAAGUUCGUUUGAUCAAAACUUUACACAGCCGAUAGUCGAUCCUCGUGAGCUUCUGUGGAGUAUAUUACAAACUGUUUCACAGAUUCGGGGCUCGCCUUCGUAUCGAUUUCCGGUACUUUUAGAACGCUGCAAGGCUUUACUUGAACUCAAUUGCUCGGUAGCGAUUGGGAAUCCUUUACCUUCCUUUGCUACAACUCUACCUAACCAAUCCACCGCUUGGGCUAGAGAGGCUGGAGAGGCUGGAGAUGGAUGCGACUCGGUUGGGGUUCCUAUAUAUCAACCAAAUCUUGACGUUGCUGGUGAGGGUGAGGUUAUUGAGUCUCACCUUUCUCGGAGGAUUGGAUGUGAAUUUCAUGAUUGCAUUCCGCCAUAA